UCCAAUGGCAUGAUUUUUCGUGGGCUCCACCUUCUCUCCCCGCAAGAUAUAGCCUUUAGGAAACAAGUAGUUUCUGGGGAGGCAAAAAAGAGCCAAUGGGUGUCUCCUCUUUAUCUCUCUCCUUCCUUCUAUUGGUUUCCUCACUAAUCAAUCUCAAUGCUGAUCAAGAUUCUGAUAGAAUCUCAAGCCUCCCAGGCCAACCCCCAGUUGAGUUCGCUCAAUACUCAGGUUACGUGACUGUGAAUUCAACUGCUGGCAGAGCUCUAUUCUACUGGUUAAUCGAAACUCCGAAGAACUCUGAAACUGCGCCUUUGGUUCUCUGGCUCAAUGGUGGCCCUGGAUGUUCUUCGGUCGCUUAUGGUGCUUCUGAGGAGCUUGGCCCUUUCAGAAUUCAUCCUGAUGGAAAAACCCUGUUCUUGAACAAGUACGCUUGGAAUAGAGUUGCUAACAUACUAUUCCUGGAUUCGCCUGCGGGAGUUGGAUUCUCGUAUUCCAAUACGUCUAAGGAUCUUUACACCGCUGGUGAUGCCCGUACAGCUAAAGAUUCUUAUACGUUUCUGGUGAAUUGGCUCGAGAGGUUCCCUCAGUACAAGUACAGGGACUUCUACAUUGCAGGAGAGAGUUAUGCAGGACAUUAUGUUCCACAACUAUCCCAGCUCGUUUACAGAAAUAACAAGGGAAUUCAGAAACCCAUAAUUAACUUCAAGGGAUUUAUGGUGGGCAAUGCUGUAACUGAUGACUAUAAUGAUUUUGUGGGAACUUUUGAGUACUUGUGGACUCAUGGAUUGAUAUCUGACAACACUUACCAUCAACUGAACAUAAAAUGUGAUACCCAAGUAUCACAGCAUCCCUCAAAUGAGUGUAAUGAUGUAUAUGAAAUUGCCGAUAAGGAGAUGGGUCAUAUUGAUCCUUACAGUAUUUACACCCCACCGUGCAAUAAUUCUGGGUCUCAAAGAGGCAACCGAAGGGGCCAUUAUCCUUGGUUGGUAAGAGCUUACGAUCCCUGCACUGAGAGCCACUCAAAAAUAUACUACAACCGUCCUGAAGUGCAAAAAGCACUCCACGCAAAUGUUACAGGAAUAAAGUACCCGUGGGAGACAUGCAGUGAUACUGUCGGUAACAACUGGGGAGAUUCUCCAAAAUCCAUGCUUCCUAUUUACAGAGAGCUUAUCGAAGCCGGCACAAGGAUUUGGGUCUUCAGUGGAGAUGCAGACUCAGUAGUUCCUGUAACUGGAACAAGAUACUCUAUCGACGCGCUGAACCUCACAACUCUUGCAAAUUGGCAUCCUUGGUAUGAUCAUGGGCAGGUUGGAGGAUGGAGUCAAAUAUACAAGGGGUUAACGUUGGUAACGGUUAGAGGAGCAGGACAUGAAGUCCCCUUGCAUCGCCCUCGACAAGCUUUGAUUCUCUUCAGACAUUUCUUAUUGAAUAGGCCUAUGCCUACAGGACUUAGCCCAAAUUAGACGAUGUGGGCUAAGAAACGAAGAGAGGCCCAAGACAGCCCUCUCCUCUUUCCAAUCAUAUAUUCUUUCUUUAGGCAUUUUUCUGGGCAAUCUCCAGUCAAUAAAAGUGGAGAAAUCUGUACUUAUAUUGGACUAGCAUGCCACACAUGUGGGUUGCACGUGCCGUACUUUUAAAUAAUACGUUCUAUAUUAUUGAUUCUUAAA